UCCUCUCUGGCCGUACGUGUUUUUAUUUUUUUUCCUGAGCUAACUGCAAACUUCCAGACAGAGAGAGCGCUGGGCGGAGAGAAAUAGUUGCGUCUCAUUUUACAGCGAAGAAAGAGAAAGAGAUACAGAAAAACAGGGGGACAGAUUUUAAAGCGCAGUCUUCUCUCGGUGCACUUGCUUGUAAGACACGAUUAUCUCUCUAUGUUAUAGCUGCCUGUCAGCACCGUGGUGCAAAACUGCAGAUGCAACCAUUCAGACAAGAUCCGCUCUGUUUCUGAGCCGAGCAGGACAUGCAGACACAGGCAGUUUGACUAGCGAGAGUUUUGAAAGAGGGAGGAGGACGGAAGGAAGGAAGCAAAGAGGGAAGAGGAGGAGAAAAGAGCCGGAGAAAAGUUUGAAAGGAUACGCGAGACCGGAGACGUUGCCGGUUGGUCACCGUGAAGAAAGGCUAUUCAAAGCUGGUAUCGCGGGGGAAAUCUAUCCUCGGAUAAACAGACGAGGGUCUGUCGUUGGCCGCUGCCGGGCGGGGAGAGGGAUUUUAUUGAUAUUCGGCAGCUGCCGGGAACGCGCCUGAUUCCGUUUGCUGUUUGGGGAAUAGAUGCGCUGGGAAGCCACGAUGCGGAGCGAUCCCAUUUUGUUCGCUUCCAGGGCCAUGGAGGAGUUGGUGUGUGAGCUGCGUCUGUUCCUGGACCUGCUGGACAGGGAGUAUCUGAGCUCUGGGGUCAGGGAGAAGAAGAAGCUCAUCUCUGACAUCCUCCACAGGGUCCUCACCGCUAAAGAGCCCUCGUUCAAGUCAGAGGUCCACAGCAGCCUUCCGGCACCCCCUCAGAUGCCACUCCCUGAGAUCCCACACCCCUGGCUCCCUCCAGACAACGGGCCUCCUCCUCUCCCCAGCUGCUCUCUCCCAGAGGGAUACUAUGAAGAGGCCGUCCCCCUCAGUCCUGGAAAAGCCCCAGAAUACAUCACUUCCAACUAUGAUUCUGACCAGAUGAGCAGUUCGUAUGAGUCGUAUGACGAGGAGGAGGAGGAUGGGAAGGGGAACAGAGGGAAGAAGAUGCGUCACCAGUGGCCUAGCGAGGAGGCGUCCAUGGACCUGGUCAAGGACGCGCGUAUCUGUGCCUUCCUGCUGCGCAAGAAACGCUUCGGCCAGUGGACCAAGCUGCUCUGUGUCAUCAAGGACAACAAGCUGCUGUGCUACAAGUCAUCUAAAGACCAGACGCCCCAGAUGGAGCUGCUGUUAUCAGGCUGUAGCAUCACACAUGUCCCCAAGGACGGCAAGAAGAAGAAAGACGAGCUGAAGAUUGUCCACCAGGGGGCAGAUGCCCUGGUCCUGGCCGUGCAGAGCAAAGAGCAGGCUGAGGAGUGGCUCAAGGUGAUGAGGGAGGUGUGCAGUAAUGGCUGUGACUCAGAUGUAGCAGGGUCUCCUGUGCACAAGCCCGACCUGGAGAAGAAGGUUAUGUGUGAUAGGCCGAGCUCAGACGGAGAGCCGCCCAAUGAGAACGGACACACCGUCACCGACUGUAAGGACCAAGGUAAAGGGAAGAAGGACUCUCAGAAGAGUCAGAAGGGAGGUACGCUGGGUAAAGGGGCGGGGAAGAAGAUCACUAAGAUCAUUGGCUUAGGCAAGAAGAAGCCGUCCACUGACGAACAGACAUCUUCAGCCGAGGAGGAUAUACCCACCUGUGGCUACCUGAACGUGCUGUCCAAUAACCGCUGGCGUGAGCGUUGGUGUCGUCUGAAGGACAACCAGCUCCUGCUUCAUAAGGACCGUACUGACCUGAAGACCCACACGGCCAGCCUGCCCCUCAGAGGCUGCGAGGUCAGCCCUGGACUGGACUCCAAACACCCCUUCGCCUUCCGCCUGCUCCGCAAUGGACAGGAGGUGGCCGUACUGGAGGCGUCCUCCUCAGAGGUCAUGGGUCGGUGGCUGGGGAUGCUGCUAGCUGAAACAGGCUCUAUCACAGACCCUGCUGCCUUACAUUACGAUUACAUAGAUGUAGAGACUACCGCAAACGUUAUCCAGCUGGCCAAGCAGUCGUUCUGCUUCACUAGUAAACGUGCUGUAUCUCCCAACCCUUAUCUGGACAACCCUGCCAACAGCUACGCAUGUCCCUCUGGAAUGGCACUGCACUAUGAUGAUGUGCCAAUCAAUGGAACGGACCCAGAGGCGCUAUACUCCAGCCCUGCCACCGGAGGGCGACGUCUGAGAGAGGAGGUGUUGUAUGAGAACACUGACCCUGACCUGUAUGAGAACAUGCCUUCGCCCAAGCUGGCCGCCCGCUACUCCCCCAAGCCCAGUCGCCUGGCAUCAUCCUCCUCCUCCUCUUCCUCCAGCCACUACAAAACCCCUGGCCCUGUCAAAUCCAAACUCCUCUCCUCUUCCUCCGCUUCCUCGGCUAACACUAACACUAAAGCCGUUACUCAGCUGAAGGGAAAAAAGGUCCUAGUGACCAAUGGGACAGCGUCUAAACAGAAGGUGGACAAGAACCAGGCCAAGAAGACCAAUGGAACAACCAAUGGAACAGCAUCUGUGAAACGCAACAACUCCAGUGCAGAGCAGUAUAAGUACGGUAAGAACCGUGUGGAGGCGGACGCCAAGAUGCUGCAGGCUAAAGAGGAGGAGCUAAUAAAGAGAAAGCAGGACAUUAGGAACCGUCUGACCCAGCUGAAGAAGGACAGGAAAGACCUGCGCACCGCCAUGGAGGCCAGCACCGCUAAGCGUUCCGCUGGGUCCCUGGCAGAGCGGCUGAAAAAGGUGGAGGACGAGUGCAAGCUGAAGGAGGACGAGCGGGUGAGCCUGGAGCUGGAGAUGACAGAGGUCAAGGAGAGUCUGAAGAAGGCCCUGAAUGGAGGAGUCACUCUGGGACUCACCAUCGAGCCCAAGUCUGGCACCUCCAGCCCACAGUCCCCAGUGUUGCUGAGGAGUACCGUAGAGAACUCUCCCAUCUCCAGCUGUGACACCAGUGACACGGAGAGCUGUUCUACUCUGCCCGUCAACAGUGCCUCCCUCCUCCGCAGAACGACCAAUCAGAAACCCUCGGCCGUCCGCGGCCAUGUCCUCAAGAAGGCCAAGGAAUGGGAGAUGAAGACGGGCACAUGAGCAACAACUCUCUUCACAACAGUCCUAUCUUAUUCGCUUUUUAUUUUAUUUUAACGCGUGUAUAUAUUAAUUUAAAUCAGUUCAUAUGGGGGAGAAGGUUGAAGAGGAGUACAAGCAUAGCCAAACAGAGAGACGAUCAAGACAGUGCUGAUUUUUGUCUACUUUAUUUCCUGGACAUAAAGAACUAGCAGUCUUUUUCUAGCGUACUAUUGUGUAAUACCAUGUCAUGUUUCAACUACUCUGUCGUGUCCUUUUGCCCAAUCUUGUGUUUUUUUUGUUCGUUAUUUUGCAGACAUCCACUUUCAUACAGUCUCUUGUUGCCUGUUUCUCCGUCACAUAAAACAAUCAGGUUUCUAAAACUCUUGGGCUUCCAAAAUCAAGUGCAUAUUUAUUUGUAAAUGUUUCUUAGGUAAAUACUAGCAUCCUGGUGAUUAUUUAUGUUGAUGAUAUUUAAUGCUUGUUGUAUUGUAUAGCUCCCUCUCUUUAGAACAGGAACUGCACUGUGCCACUAAUGUCCACAUCAUCUGGAUCCAGCCGUUAGUAUCACUGUUAGGCAAUCAUCAAACCAGCAAUACGCCUACAGUACUGCUAGUCCUUAGUGGUUGAUGCCUGGGAGUGGGCCUUUGGAAUGCGCCACUCAGUAAAGUGCAGGUCAAACUAAGGCGUGGUGGUGUUCUGGUGAGUUUGGCCACUGGCGUUGGAAAAGUCUUCAACCCCAAGUAAUGUAGCCUCUUGUAUUUACACUUCUACAUCCAGGAGCCUCAGGCCAGCUCUUUUAAUCAUGCCACUGGUGCACUGUAACCGCGUGGUCUGGUCUCACUCUGUGUGUGUGUGUGCGUUAGUUUGUGUGUGUGUGUGUGUGUGUGUGUGUUAGUUUGUGUGUGUGUGUGUGUGUUAGUUUGUGUGUGUGUGUUGAAAUGUCUUGAGGCACAUUCCAACCCCAUCAUUAAUACACUGUUAGAAAUAGAAGCCCUUGCAGUAUGGUCAGAAAUACCGUGGGUUCUCCACUUCAACCAGAGACUGUUAACCUGGUUGUGGAUUCUUAACUUCCAGUUGCUACUCUAGCAACACGUUUCAGCUCAUGCACAUCACACACACACACACACACACACACACACACACACACACACACACACACACACACACACACACACACACACACACACACACACACACACACACACACACACACAGACAGACAGACAGACAGACAGACAGACAGACAGACAGACAGACAGACAGACAGACAGACAGACAGACAGACAGACAGACAGACAGACAGACAGACAGACAGACAGACAGACACUUUUAUGUAAUUUAUUUCUAAUGGUGUUUUUGAUAAUGAUUUUACCACAUCUACAGUACAUUGCAAAAUAUUCCCAUAUCCACACUGCAAAAUAUUCCCAUAUCCACACUGCUCAGUGUAAUCUAACCACGGUGCUUUGUAGGGGUGAGACGUAGCAUGUUGAUGUACUACUGCAAGCAAGCUAAGUUUUUACUAUUUUCACUCAAAGGCACGUUUACCUUUAAAACGUCUGGUUUAUGGUGCAUUUAUUGGCCUAGUUGGAAUAUGAGACUGUGCGUAACAAAAAUGGCCGCCAACAGCUGUUUUCAAGUUAUCAGUGUACAUGUUUGUAUCCCUCUUUGCUUCUCUAUUCAUUCAGAUUGAGGUUGGGAUUCAAUCCCAUCGCGGGUUAAAUGCAUUGUGGUGUUUUAAAGGCAAUUGAGUCGACAUAUCCAGCAUUUAUCGUGAAUGGGAUCUUCGCGAACGUGGGAACAUUGCCUUAAAAAGCCUCAAUGCCUAUAACCUGCGAUCGGAUUGGAUCCCGGCCAAAGUCCCACUAGGCUGCGAGUUAGAGCUAGCUCUUCACCACAAGAUGAGGGAGAGAUGAGGAGAAAGGUUACCAGGGAGAGGAGAAAGGUUACCAGGGAGAGGAGAAAGGUUACCAGGGAGAGGAGAAAGGUUACCAGGGAGAGGAGAAAGGUUACCAGGGAGAGGAGAAAGGUUACCAGGGAGAGGAGAAAGGUUACCAGGGAGAGGAGAAAGAGUUACGCGUCUUGUCCAUUUUGGACCCCUUUCUUCGCUGUUUAAACAACUUCAAAUCUGAAAUGGGCCUCAGAGAGAGAUGAUGUCACUCAGAAAAUGUGAACCCAUUGUACCUGUACAUAGAUUUUUGGGAGGGGACAGGAUGGGAGGAGUAGGAGGGGGGGUGUAUUGGGUAAAGGGAGUAGGGGAGAAACAACAAAAGAGUGGAAAGGGGAGAAAGGCAGGAGAGUG